AUGGAAGUUGUGAAGAAAGAGAUAUUGAAGCUUCUUGGUGCGCGGAUGAUCAAUCAAAUCUCGGAUGGCAAAUGGGUGAGCCCAGUGCAAGUUGUGCCAAAGAAGACGGGAAUCACGAUGGUCGAGAACAACAAAGGUCAAAAGAAUGGAAGAGCCUCCCAUGUGAUCUACUAUGCAUCAAGGGCACUAAACAAUGCUCAAAGCAACUACUCUGCCACUGAGAAGGAGUUAUUGGCCAUAGUGUUCACUUUGGAGAAGUUUAGGCAAUACCUACUUGGCACCAAAGUCAUAGUGUAUUCGGAUCAUGCGGCUCUCAAGACGGGAAACAUUUCACAAAAAAAUCAAACGCCACAAAAUCCAAUCCUUGUUUGUGAAGUUUUUGACGUAUGGGGGAUUGAUUUCAUGGACCCAUUUCCCGUUCCGUUUGGCAACGUUUAUAUUCUACUCGCGGUUGACUAUGUCUCAAAAUGGGUUGAGGCCAAAGCCACAAGAUCGGAUGAUGCAAAAACAGUUAUCGACUUUUUAAAAUCUAAUGUCUUUGUGAGGUUUGGUGUGCCUAGGGCGUUGAUCAGUGAUCGAGGGACGCAUUUCUGCAACAAGAUGAUGGAGGCUUUAUUGAAGAAGUACAAUAUGACCCAUCAUGUCUCAACCACCUACCACCCUCAAAUGAACGGUCAAGUGGAAGUCUCAAAUCGUGUGGUGAAGAUUAUUUUAUAG